UGGAUUUAGUGUGUGUGAAUAUAACAACAAAAGUAAAUAAAAAAGAGGUUAUUUUAUUUUACACCUAAAAUAUUGUGAACCUUCAAGAAUAUUUUUUAGUUCGUCAUAUUGCAUUGAUAUUGCUGGUGUGUUAUCAAGAUGACAAAGUCGAAUAUUAGCAUUAGCUUCGACAAUGAAAGAGGUUCAAUGGAUGUAGCAUCUGAUUAUUGUGACAACGUUAGAGACGAAAGACAAGUUAUUACUCUGCAAGGUACCACUGCACAGUUUAAAAAUGUACAUGAACCUCGUCAAUUUGCUAAUGUACCGAUGCAGUUGUAUGAGAGUGUUAAUAGAGUGACCACAGAGCCAAGAACUACCAGAGAUAUAUGGAUUAGAUUGAAGCAGUACAAGUGGACCAUACUUGCAUUCGUAUGUGGUGUUAUCCUGACACUAGUGAUAGUUGUCCCUGUGAUGUUAUCAAAAUCCUCAUCACCGGAAAAUGAUGACCAGGCUGAAUAUUUGUUUUCUCUGAAAUUUGUCAGAAAGUCGACUCAUUCAUUAGUGUUCAUGUCCGAUGAUAAUACCGUUCUGGGCAAUUCUUUCACUAAAGAGACCCCGAAUCCCGUGAAUCAUCCGGAACAGUUGAACAAUUACAAAGGAACAAUUGGAGAUAGAUGUUUAACCUCUACAAGUAAAAUGUACUUUGAAAUUAGGUUCUUGUUCAAAAUAUUAAAGUCCCUGAAUUAUGACUCAACAUCCUUAGUCCUUGAAGUAGGAGUGGCUAGUCGUAACGAAAUAGACAGUAAACAUUAUGUAGGAAAUCACGGGUGGUCGUUUUUCAUUAAUAAUUGCAAUACUAGCAUAUGCCUUAUAGCCAAACAUGGAACUACGAACACGCGUGAGGAAGUGAAGAUGAUAGACACCACUAAUACAGUUGGUAGAGUGGACACAGGAAUACUUGGAUUCUUUGUUAAUAUGAACCGCAAUGAGUUCUCUGUUAUUGACAAGGACAGUUCGAAUAUAUUGUACACGUUUACAAAAGUAGUGUCCGCUGAUCAACUUUGUCUAGCGUUUGGUGUUUAUAAUCCUAAAACUUUUGAAACAAAACUUGAAAUAAUGUAUGCGUACGAUUUUAAAAAUCUUCCAAUUAUUAAUGUGAUUGCUUAG